AUGAACAACCUCAUCAAAGCUUCGUCUACUCUACUUCGAAGAUCUGCAAAGAAGCAAGUUCGCUACCAUCAUCCAAGUCCAUUUGAUCCUCAGACCACCAAAGGAUGGGCUGCAGCUUUGAAGGAAGCCGAACUCCCCACAACCGUCCAUGACGCCGAAGUCAAGCGAGGAUUGGAAAUUGGUCUCCCUGGUGCUUCUUCCAUUGAAGACAAGACCAUUCCCACCUUUUCCCGUGGCGAACUCCCCCACUUUGCUGGAAUCAAUACCUUCAUGAAGGCACCCUACGUAGAAAACAUUCACGAUGUGGGCAACUACGACGCCACGGUAGUGGGCGUUCCCUUUGAUGGUGGCUGCACCUACCGAUCUGGAACACGCUUUGGACCCCAAGGAAUUCGCCGCAUUUCUGCCUUGUACACACCUUACAACUACGAACGAGGAAUUGACCUUCGGGAACAAAUGACACUCUGUGAUGCGGGUGAUGUCUUUACCAUUCCGGCCAAUCUCGAAAAGUCCUUUGACCAAAUCUCCAAUGCGAUUGCUCAUGUGGCUUCUACUGGAACCUUUCCCAUCAUUCUGGGUGGCGACCACUCAAUUGGAUUCCCCACCGUCCGUGGAUUGGCGUCGGUGACCUCCAAGCGCAUUGGCAUUAUUCAUGUGGAUCGACACGCCGACAUUCAAGAAAAGGAUUUGGACGAACGCAUGCACACCACUCCCUACUUUCAUGCCACCAAUUUGCCCAAUGUCCGUCCCGAAAACUUGGUCCAAAUUGGCAUUGGUGGUUGGCAAGUGCCUCGGGCUGCAGUCCCCAACAUGGUGGAACGCAACACCAACAUUUUUACCAUGGACGACGUUGAAGUAAUGGGUAUUGAGAAGGUUGCUGAAAUGGCCUUGGAGAGAGCUUGGGAUGGUUGUGAUGCCGUCUAUUUGAGUUAUGACAUUGACUCGAUUGAAGCUGCCUUUGUGCCUGGAACUGGUUGGCCCGAACCUGGUGGUUUGCUUCCUCGCGAAGCUCUGAAACUAGUUGGUUUGGUAGCGGCCGAAGGAUUGUGUGGCAUGGAAGUGGUGGAAGUCUCUCCCCCCUAUGACCAUGCCGACAUCACCUCUCUUAUGGCGCUUCGCAUUGUCGUGGAAGCCUUGGGAUCCAUGGUGGCUCACGGUACCAUGGGCAAGGCCAAGGAUAUCUUUGACAAGCCCUUUGUUCCAUUCUAA